CCUCUUCCCAGGCGCAUGCGCCCUUCGCUCCGCUUGCCUGUGUCUGUUUGAACAGGAAGGCGGACAUAUUUGCGUGGCUCUGCGCCCUCCUUGAUUAGCUGUUGAGGCAGCGGUGGCCGCCCUCAGGCCUCAUUCUCUUCCCCCGUUCAGGUUUCCUCACAGUAGGGAGGAGCAGCUUUUCUUUCAAUCUUUCACCCCCACCCCGCUCCGGAACAGGGCAGGGUCGCUGAGUGGAGCCCAGCCCAGCUGCACUGACUGCCCGGAGACUUGGAGCCUGCCCGGCGAAGUGAGCGAACCGCGGUUCUCGUUGGGAGAGAAAGGCUGGGGGGAGGACGGACGGACGGACGGACGGAGGAGAGCAGCCCAGGGGCGAGUGGCCGCGGGAGCCGGGCAGGGGCAAGGAGGGAAGGAACGAGCGAACGAACGUUGAGGAGGCAGGCAGGAAGAUUCCUCAGCCGUUACUCGGCCGUUGGUGAAGCCGCGCGUGUCCGGAGGGCAAGGCGGAGGCUUUUCUCCCGCCCUCCCCCUGAAGAAGCGGAGCCAGGGCGGCCUAUACUGUAGCUGGCACUCUCCCGUUUCCCCUCGCUGCCGUUUGGGCAGGGAGCGAAGCCGUGCCCUCUCCCAGGCUUGGGUCUCCAUGGCAGGAGCAGCCCGGUGACGCUCUGCGGAGAAAGUUUCCUGUUUUCAUGGUAGGCCUCUCUCGCUCGCUCUUAUUUCCUCCCCUUGUUUCAAAAAAAGUUGCUACUGGGGAGCUGGCACCGAGGAGGAGGAACCGGUACUCUGGCUGCCAGGACGGCUGCCUGGCUGGGAAAAUGUGGCUGCAGAGACACUGGGGCCCAGGCUGGAGAAGACUGGCAGGGCAGUGACUGCAGCCUAGAGACUAAAGUGAAGGGGCAGCGAGGAAAGGCUACUCUCCCGGGAGGGAGUAGCGCUUCUUUCCCACAUUUUCGGUGUUCGUUUUCUUUUACGCGAGGAUGUGUAUGGUAGAGAGGAUGAGGGACAAUCCCAGCGCAUCCUCCAGCCUACUCUGAGAAGACGAGCGAGGAGAGCCAGUCCAAGGACCACUCCUGUUCUCGUACUUGUUUUUCUGUGGAUUAAGACGAUCUCCUCUUCAGCACCAUGUCGACGGGAGAAAGCUUUGAUUCUCGAUUUGAAAAAAUCGGAAUGAUGUUAACGGACCCCAAAUCCGAAGUGAACUCUGACUGCUUAUUGGAUGGACUAGAUGCCUUGGUGUAUGAUUUGGAUUUUCCUGCCUUAAGGAAAAACAAAAACAUAGACAACUUUUUAAAUAAAUAUAAAGACACAAUUAACAAAAUCAGAGAUCUCCGUAUGAAAGCAGAAGAUUACGAAGUGGUGAAAGUGAUUGGCAGAGGUGCAUUUGGGGAAGUUCAGUUGGUAAGGCACAAGUCAUCACGAAAAGUCUAUGCCAUGAAACUUCUGAGCAAGUUUGAGAUGAUAAAAAGAUCGGAUUCUGCAUUCUUUUGGGAAGAAAGGGAUAUCAUGGCGUUUGCAAAUAGCCCUUGGGUUGUGCAGUUAUUUUAUGCAUUCCAAGAUGAUCGUUACCUUUAUAUGGUGAUGGAAUACAUGCCUGGUGGGGACCUGGUGAAUUUAAUGAGCAACUAUGAUGUUCCUGAAAAAUGGGCAAGAUUUUAUACUGCAGAAGUUGUUCUUGCAUUAGAUGCAAUUCACUCGAUGGGCUUUAUUCACAGAGAUGUAAAGCCUGAUAAUAUGCUGCUAGAUAAAUCUGGUCAUUUAAAACUAGCAGAUUUUGGUACCUGUAUGAAGAUGAAUAAGGAAGGUAUGGUACGAUGUGAUACCGCUGUUGGAACCCCCGACUACAUAUCUCCAGAAGUCUUAAAAUCUCAAGGUGGUGAUGGCUACUACGGACGAGAAUGUGACUGGUGGUCAGUUGGCGUCUUUUUAUAUGAAAUGCUUGUGGGGGAUACACCUUUUUAUGCAGAUUCUUUGGUUGGAACAUAUAGUAAAAUUAUGAACCAUAAGAAUUCUCUUAGCUUCCCUGAUGAUAAUGAUAUUUCUAAAGAUGCAAAAAAUCUUAUUUGUGGCUUCUUAACUGACAGGGAAGUUAGAUUAGGUCGAAAUGGCGUGGAAGAAAUCAAGCGACACCCAUUCUUCAAAAAUGACCAGUGGGCUUGGGAAACUCUUAGAGACACUGUAGCACCUGUUGUACCUGAUUUAAGUAGUGACAUUGACACUAGUAACUUUGAUGAUUUGGAGGAAGAUAAAGGAGAAGAAGAAACAUUCCCUAUUCCAAAAGCAUUUGUUGGCAACCAGCUACCUUUUGUAGGAUUUACUUACUACAGCAGCCAUCAGUAUUUAUCCAGCUGUACAGCAAACUCUAAUGACAACAGAGCAAGCACCAAUGCAGAUAAAAGUUUGCUGGAAUCUUUGCAAAAAACAGUUUAUCAGCUUGAAGAACAGCUACAUAAUGAAAUGCAACUGAAAGAUGAAAUGGAACAAAAAUUCAGAACUUCAAAUAUUAAACUAGACAAGAUAAUGAAAGAAUUGGAUGAAGAGGGGAGUCAAAGAAAAAACUUGGAAUCAACAGUUACUCAGAUUGAGAAGGAAAAAAUGCUGUUGCAACAUAGAAUAAAUGAAUAUCAAAGAAAAGCUGAGCAGGAGAAUGAAAAACGCCGGAAUGUGGAAAAUGAAGUAUCAACAUUAAAAGAUCAGCUGGAAGACUUAAAAAAAAUUAGUCAGCAUUCACAUAUUACAAAUGAGAAAAUAACACAGUUGCAAAAGCAACUUGAAGAGGCUAAUGAUUUACUGAGGACAGAGUCAGAUACAGCAGCAAGACUGAGAAAGAGUCACACAGAAAUUAGCAAGUCUGUAAGUCACUUUGAAUCACUAAACAGGGAACUGCAAGAAAGAUGCAGGGUUCUGGAGAGCACAAAGUUGCAAGUCGAAAAGGAUUAUUACCAACUGCAAGCUGCACUGGAAGUUGAACGAAGGGAUAGGAGUCAUGGAUCAGAAAUUAUUGGAGAGCUACAAGCUCGGAUAACAUCUUUACAAGAAGAAAUCAAAAGUGUAAAAAACAAUCUUGAAAAAGUGGAAGAAGAGAGAAAACAGGCUCAAGACAUGCUUAAUCAUUCAGAAAAGGAAAAGAAUAACUUAGAAAUAGAUCUAAACUACAAACUCAAAAUGUUACAACAGCAUUUAGAGCAAGAAAUAAAUGAGCAUAACAUAGAUAAAGCACGGUUAACUGAUAAGCAUCAAUCAAUAGAAGAGGCCAAGUCUGUUGCAAUGUGUGAAAUGGAAAAAAAAGUGAAAGAAGAGCGAGCAGCAAGAGAGAAAGCAGAAAAUCGAGUAGUUCAAAUCGAAAAACAAUGCUCCAUGCUUGACUUUGAUCUGAAGCAAUCUCAGCAGCAGCUGGAGCACCUUAAUGAGCAGAAAGAGCGGCUAGAGGAUGCGGUUAAGAAUCUGACACUUCAGCUGGAACAUGAAACAAACAAGAGAGUAAUUACACAGAAUGAACUGAAGAUGCACGCUAUAGAGGCAGAUAACUUAAAGGGUACUGAGAAGCAGCUAAAGCAGGAGAUAAACACACUGUUGGAAGCAAAGAGACUAGCAGAAUUUGAGUUGGCUCAACUGGCUAAGCAAUAUAGAGGGAAUGAAGGUCAGAUGCGUGAACUACAGGAUCAACUAGAAGCUGAGCAGUAUUUUUCUACACUUUACAAAACUCAGGUUAAAGAACUUAAAGAAGAAAUUGAGGAAAGGAAUAAAGAAACUCAGAAAAAAAUACAGGAAUUACAAAAUGAAAAAGAAACUCUUGCUGCACAGUUGGAUUUGGCUGAAACAAAAGCAGAAUCUGAGCAGUUGGCUCGAGCUCUUCUUGAAGAACAGUAUUUUGAACUGACUCAGGAGAGCAAGAAAGCAGCAUCACGAAACAGGCAGGAGAUUGCUGAUAAGGACAAUAUUAUUAGCCGGCUUGAAGAAACAAAUAAUACGUUAACCAAAGAUGUUGCGUUUCUUACAAAAGAAAAUACCGAACUAAAUGAAAAGAUGAAGAAAGUGGAAGAAGAAUAUAAAUUAAAGAAAGAAGAGGAAAUUAACAACAUUAAAACACAAUAUGAAAAGAACCUAAGCAACGAAAGGACCCUUAAAACACAGGCUGUCAACAAACUGGCUGAGAUUAUGAAUCGAAAAGAUUUCAAACUAGAUCGAAAGAAAGUAAACAUGCAAGAUUUCAAGAAAAAAGAGAAAGAAAACCGAAAGUUACAACUGGAUCUUAACCAAGAAAAAGAAAAAUUUAAUCAAAUGGUAAUAAAAUACCAGAAAGAAGUUAAUGAUAUGCAAGCGCAACUUGUGGAAGAGUCUACAUAUAGGAAUGAACUUCAGAUGCAGUUGGAUAGUAAGGACAGUGAUAUAGAACAACUGCGUGGCAAAAUUUCAGACCUACAGCAAGGCAUGGAAUCUACUAGUGUUGCCAGCCUUCAGGCAGAUGAAACUGAUGGAAAUAUUAUGGAGUCAAGAAUGGAGGGCUGGCUUUCAGUACCAAACAAAGGAAACAUAAAACGUCAUGGGUGGAAGAAGCAGUACGUUGUCGUGAGCAGUAGAAAGAUCUUGUUCUAUAAUGACGAACAGGACAAAGAACAAUCUAAUCCAUCCAUGGUAUUAGAUAUAGAGAAAUUGUUUCAUGUUCGACCAGUAACACAAGGAGAUGUAUAUAGAGCAGAAACUGAGGAAAUUCCCAAAAUAUUCCAGAUUUUAUAUGCCAAUGAGGGUGAGUCCAGAAAAGAACUCGAAGUUGAACCAGUGCAGCCGGCAGAGAAAACAAAUUUUCUGAAUCAUAAAGGUCAUGAAUUUAUCCCCACAUUGUACCACUUUCCAGCCAACUGUGAGGCCUGUGCCAAGCCCCUCUGGCAUGUGUUUAAGCCACCCCCUGCAGUAGAAUGUCGACGAUGCCAUGUUAAGUGCCAUAAAGAUCACCUGGAUAAAAAGGAAGAUUUAAUUGUGCCAUGUAAAGUGAGUUAUGAUGUAACUUCGGCAAGAGAUAUGUUGUUGUUGGCACCCUGUCAAGAAGACCAGAAGAAAUGGGUUUCUCAUUUAGUAAAGAAGAUCCCCAAGACACCACCAACCAGUUUUGUUCGUGCUUCCCCCAGAACACUUUCUACGAGGUCCUCAGCAAAUCAGUCUUUCAGAAAAGUUAAGAAUGCUUCUGGGAAAGCUAGUUAACAGUGUAUGCAGUGCUCCAGGGAAUCUAGAAGAGUGCCACCUGAGAAAGCUAGGCUUCACCUUACAGCGCAGUGAGACUGGUUGUUUCUUCCAAUACAACUAUCAUAGGCUUCAGGGCUUAAGACUGCUAUUACUCUCGCCUCCUUGCUUUGGCACAAAAAGCACGCUGAGGGUGUCUUAUUGUGGGUUUGCCUUAAGGUAGAUUAGAUUAAUUAUUACUAUGUAAUGCAAGUAAAAACAAAUAAAGCUUAGCUAGAUAUAAGGUUAAAAUGCUGCCUUUUGGGAUUUUAAAAAAAAUGCUUGUCAAUCAUAAUGGAAUGCAGUGAGCUUUUCUCAUAUCAAUGAGAACAAAUGGACUGUUUACCCUGUGGGAUGGGUAUUUAUAUCAGAAUGAACACACAGACUUGAGUAGAGAAAGAAGGUAUCUCAAACUGAGAAGGACUGAAUUUUCUUUGAAGACUCAAAGUUGUGCAGAAGAAAAGAGCAAAAUUUGCUUGAAAACAAAGCUGUAUAUCAUCACUUGAAGUUCAGUGCCUUUUCUGCAUUGUUGUUAAUGCUAAUAAUUCAUCAAAAGACAGUCCAAAUGUGUUAAAUAUUUUGCAUUUUGCUUUACAAAAUACUGAUUCUGCAUAUUUGUAAAGGGGGAGAAAUGAGAGUAAUUACAUAUCAUCUAUGCAUUGUUGCCAAGCCAUACAGAAUGUUACUUCUUAGAGGCAUUAGAAACUAACAGUUAAAAGUUUUGAAGCCUAUUUUGGUACAUCAUUUUUCUAUAAUUUGUAUAACUUAUUGCAUUAACAGUUUGAAGUGCAAAUUACAGUACGUGUGUGCGUAACACACACACACACACACACACACACACACACACACACUGUAUGCACUGUUUGAAAUACAAAUUAUUGUUAGAACACUUUUAAUGGGUGUUGCCCUUUUAGUGCCUUAAUCUGAAAAUUGUUUUACUGCCAUGUCAAUAACUAUAGAAAUCUGAAAUACUUAAGUGUGUCAGUGGUUUUAUUGAUCAAAACAUUAUAGAAACUAGUUCCCAGAGCAAAAUUUUGAAUUAAACCACCUGUUACCAAGAGAGAUUUUUAAUUUGAAUACAAAAGGUAGUAAAUGCUUCUACCAUGAAAACAAAACACCUAUGACACUUUAAAAUUCUGGAUAGUACAGGAAUUGAAGUGUGCAUACAUUCUACCAUAAUUGCUUGCUUUGUAGCAGGUAUAUUGUUGUGGCAUGAAUAGUAUGGUUUAUUUUAUUUUUUAACCAAAUACCUCUUCAAUAAUUUAUGAUGGCUUUGCAGAUGUGUAUUAAUAAGAAGCACUGGAAAACUGAUUCGUCUUCAGGACGAUUUGCAUGUUUCAAGUGGUGUUGAAAGCCACACUAAUAGAUAUGUAACAAAACAUAUCUGUUAUUAAUACUAUGACUCAUGCUCGUUUAAUACGAAAUAAAACUAAUUUAUGGAAGAACUAUUUUGAAAAUGACUGUGGUAUUUUUCUCCAGAAUAAAGUAGACUUCCUAGAAAGUUUUGAAAUAAUGCUUUAAAAACAGAUAAACUGUCAACAUAUAUAAAUCUGAUACAAACUUGAUCAUAUUUUUAAUUGUUUUUAUACUGUCAUGCUACAUUUCAGAACAGGGUAAAGUGUAAUACAAUUCUCAUAGGAUUUUGAAGAAUUUAUUAAUAUGUGAAUUGUUCAGUCCCAUUUUACUAAAUACGUGAUUUUCACUGAAAGAAAAUCAUGCCCGGUACACAGCUCUUAAAAGAGAAUCUUUACAUGUUUUUCUUAAUUUAUAAUUAAAGGAUGAUUAAUAUUAAAAAAUAUGCCACGUUUAUGCUGCACUCAUAUGCAAGUCAGUGAUACUGCUUUAUUCUAUAUAGAAGCAACAUUGACUCUAACCAGAGGGUUAGACAGGGAGGGACAGAGAGGGUCGAUAGUGAAUAGUGAAUAGUGAAUAAUAAGUUAGGAGCAGUUAAAUUAAAGCAGAAGAGCCCAUAAGGAAGGCUGGAAUUUUUCAGGAUUGUUUUGUUACAGUGGGCCUUCAGGGUAGAUUUGAAAAAGGGGGAAACGGUGUGACACAGAGAGGAAAAGACUAUUGUAGGAAUGGUGAAAAGCAUGGCAAAGGGGGGGGGGGAAAGAGCAGAAAAUGGAAGGCAUUGACAAAGAGGGAAAGCAGAUGAGCUUGCGACAGCCAGGGAGUGAGAAGUGGUAAAAGGGACAACAAACAAGGAUAGGGAGGGCACAUCUGGAGUAUUUUUAGAGUGUUACAGGGAGUCAGUACAGGGAUUGAGGGAGGCUGAUAAAGUUAUAGUGGAAAGAGAAAUAACUUUAAGGACAGGAAAACAGAGGUGGCCAAAAAGUGGAAGGGUAAUGUUUUUGGUGGUCCCCGCCCUUAUUCAAAAGAUUUGGGAGGGGGGUUAAUUGUAUUUUCUUCAUUUAAGUUGUGCCAUUGUACACUGCUUUCGUGAAGAUCAACAGAAAGUAAAUGUUUGUUUGCAAAUGGGUGUAAGCAUUAACUACAACAUUCUUGCCCAAGAUGCAAACAUUUGAUGAUGUGAGAGGAGAGGGAUGUUAGAAACAAACUCAUAACCACAUGCAAGCCCCAGUAGCAUCAGAAAUGGUAUAGAAUUUGGUGGGAUGGGGUGAGGGGUAUGGAUGCAGAACAAUACUGGCCCUUACUGAAAGCCAUAUGGCUUACUACAUCAUAAGCUUUUAACUGCUAAAUUCUGGAGAAUUAUGCCUAACCCCUAAAUUUAGGAUGCCCAAUUCAUUUCAUCUCCAGGGCCUAUCCUGAGAUGUUCAGGAACACAUUCCUCUGGUGGGUUUGUUCACCUGUAGAAAUCUGAUUCCUGCCUAGUUCUGAAUUUGGUGUCAGGCCUUUCCUCCAUGCAAUAUAAAUAUGUUGUGCAUUGAAUGCUCCAGUUUAAGUUAUGCAUUGUUUUAGGAUCUGCUCUGUAUUUCCAGUAUUGUUAGUUUUCACCUUGUUGGUUUGUUCUCUGGUGUUCCUCAACCCAUGUAUGUAUAUACCUUAUCUUAUCAGUUUACGUCAUUCAUCAUUUGGAGAAGCUGUUGCCUGUAAAACAUUGUGCUGCAAUAAACCAAUGAGUCUUAAAGUG